CUCAAUGACAAAAGUGAUUUCCUCCCUCCACGUGGCUUUUCUCAACAUAAAUCCAGAAGAGUCAACUCUUUCAAUUUUUGCUCAAAUUUCUUCCAGUUCUAUUUGGCUGCUGAAAAUUAUUGUUGUUCUGUCUAAUCUCUCGCAGAUAUCAUGGCUGAAGGAGCAGGAUGAGCUAAUAGUGCGGGAACAACAAUUACAUUCUGCAAGAGAAGAGAUUAGCCAGGCUUUAUAUGAGGAGAACUGGUUAGAUUUGUUUGCAGUUGAGUGAAUUCUCUUCAUUGUUGUAAGUGGAACAAAAGAAACUUAAAUUGCAUCAAAUAAGAUACAGAGCAGGUGCUAUAGUAUGUUGGUGUUUUGUUAGGAGUAUAAAUGGUUAUUGUUUGGGCCAUUAGGUGGUCUUGGUAUGAGGAAAGUGUGAAUUUGUAGUUUGAGAAUUAUUUCAGAUAUUAAGACCUGUUAUUUCAAUCAUAUAGACAGCUGCCCUCUGCCAAAGAGUUCAACUGCAUUUGAUUUAUAUAAAGUUAGAGAAACGACUAUCAGUUCUGGCAAGGUCCUGAUAAUUGGUUCUAUAACAUAUUGGUUACUGCUUUGUGUUGCAGUAACCGAUAAACAUGUGAUAACUUUGUGUAACCUUGACUUGGAAGAUCAAUAACUUCAAAAUACUGUAUAUGGAUCCCUUUUAAUUGCUAUUUUUUUCAUGUUACGUUUGUUA